GUUCGAAAUUAAAAAAAAGUCUGCUUAUUUAUUGCCAUUAAGGCGGAACAAAGUUCGCCGGGUCAGCUAGUGUAAUGUAAUAAAUUACUAUUAUUCUUUAAAGAAUGAAACAUUCGAACCUAAAUUAAAUAAAAUAAAUCGUGGCUCGAAUAUAAAACUGAAGUGCAAUGGUUUUUUAAUAUGCUACCUAUUGCUAAGCGAGUGUAAUAAAUAAGAGCCCCAUAUUAUACUAAUGCCUGUAUUCACAAACAUUACUAUGAGGUCUCGCAGUGCGCGUGGACGCACAGGGUGACACACGAACCAAUCACAGAGCUCUAUUCAACGCUGUGAGUUCGAUUUGUUGCUUCACUUAGUAAGCAUCGUUUGUGAAUACGGGCGUAAGAAAUACAUUUUGUAUGUGCCUAUGAGAAUUUUGCUUUUGUGAAGCGAUUUUGUAGUUCUGCGAUGAAUUUUAGUUUUUGUUAGAAUACUUGAAAAAUUCGUUUUGUAUAGAGGCUCGUUGUUCGACAAAAUUGAAAUAAAAAUAAUUUGUUUUAUACAUUCAUAAUAUUUUUAAUUGCCUUCUUUAUUUGUCUUCCGUAGUAGGUUAAUUUCAAUUUGUAACAAUAUGAUAAAAUUUUCACGUAUAAUCUAGUCUGCUUCGGGGAAGGACUUUUUAUUUAAGCACAAGUUUUUAGUUAAUUUUUACAAUGAGGGUUUACCGUAUUUGUUAACCAGUUGUCGCCACAUACGAGUGACAUCAGUAGCGCCAAAUGGUGAGCGAAAUACGUAAAAUAGUCCUUAAGUUUUUUAAAAUAAUAAUAAUAAUGUACAGCGGUAGCGUUUGAUUUACCCACAAAAUGGCAAAAUUGUGAUUAAUUUUGAACCAUAUCCAAAGGAUUCUAAAGUUCAAAAUGCGUCAUUUUGUGAAAGACUAAUCUGUUGGUGACUGUACCUUAUUAAGUUUUGUAGUAACUUGUCAAAUUGAGUAUAUUCAUUUACUCAAAAUAUAAUUUUAUUUUAGUUUAAUUUAUGAAAAUGUAAACGUUGCCUUAGUAAAAUGUAUAAACAUGAAAUUGUAAAUAAUUGUUAGUAGAUAAUAAAUUAUACAAAAAAUAUAGCUAUUUGUUUAUUUAAAAUCGCCCUAUAGUUAGAUUGUCAGAUGGUCAUUUUAGCCACAUAGCAUAGCGCACAACCACGACUAAGCAGUGAUGAAGCGGUGAAACAUGACGCUGACGCUUUGCUAUUUGUAGAUGCCAAGGAGUUCCCUUUUAAAAAUAAUCCACCAUUAAUACAGAAUAAUAGUCGUCUGUGGCUAAAUACUGAAAAUAGGUAAAACUUGAAUGACUUUAGUUGUUUCACUCGCUUUCCCGCCAAAAAGUUCGCCAUUUCCCCUGCAACGAGCAUUUACGAAGUCUGUUCAUUUCUUAUAAUGAAUGAGCUCGUUUGUAGCUCAUGGAUCCCAUCACUAUUCUACAAGCGACGCCCAGUAGUCUACGAUGCGCAGUAGUCUGUGAUUAAUCAAAACAUAACCUGAAUUUGUUUAAAAAAUAGAUUUUAAAUAAAAUCUUGUAUGAAAUUACUAUCAAAAUCAUGGAAGACAUACUCGCCUGCCGUAUAUGUUUGUCAACGAACAUAAAACUGUUCAAUAUGUUCAAUUAUCGCCUCCAUAUAGCGUAUGAAACACUCACAGGAAUCGGGAUGUCAACCACAGACGGAUUACCCCAGUACGCUUGCAGCGUAUGCAGUAAACUUUUAGACAAGAGUGUUACUUUCAAGCGAAUGUGCGACAGCUCCCAGGAUCUCCUUAACUUUGCUAAAUGGCAGGAAACGCUGUCCACAUCCUAUAUUCAAAGCCUAAAAUUCACAUCACCUUUCUCAUUUUCAAUAAAAACCAACGAUACAGUCAGUUGCGAUACAAACGAAGAAACCGAUCAGUUUAUCAAAGAAGAAAGGGAUUAUGAUGAUGAUGUUAAUGACGAUGAUUAUAAAGUAAAAAGCGAAUCGAGCGAUGACGACUUACCGAUCAAAAUAUUACCGAAGAAAAUCAAAAUAUCCGUUGAACGUCCUAGAAAAAUUGUGAAAAAAUCCAAACCAGCGUCUAAAGUGAAGAAAAAACCCGUUGAGUUAAAAAAGAAAUUGACCAAAAAGGUAGAGAAAAAACCUAAAACAGAAAAUAAAGUAGAUUUAGAUGAUGAUAUACCAAAAGGAGAAGUAGAUGUGAUAAUGUUAACGAAAGAGCAGCAAAUAGAGGAAGUUCAAGCGAGAAAGAGUACGAUGAACUAUCUGAGUUCGUUCUACAAAUGCGAUCUUUGUUUCAAAGGAUUUAUAUCAACUGAAACGUAUAAAAAUCACAUGGAACGACAUGAUCCGAGCAGCGGUUUAUACGAGUGUGACAUCUGCCACAUACGAUUCGAAGACAUGCGUGCGUUACGCGGCCAUCUUGCCAAAUUACAUGAGAGGAACUACGUCUGCAAGCUUUGCAAACAUAUCUCCAAGUCUAAACAUGGAGCUAAGUUGCACUCGAAAUGGCACAGCGGCCAUACUUUUGUUUGCAAGUUCUGCGGUAUGUCGUUCACCAAGAAGACUAGUCACCUAUCGCACGUGCGUAUCCACCACCCUUCGGAACACGUUAACUGUGACAUAUGCGGCGAGGCGUUCAUAGGCGAGCACGGGCUGAGGAUGCACAAGCAGAAGGCACAUAGAGAUGUUAAGGACCUAGAGCCGGAAUUGGAGACGAAAUGUGCUAACUGUAAGGUGCGGUUCCAAAAUAUAGACGCUUUCAAAAGGCACUCGAGUAGCGCUGUGGAUGGACAGUGUGACCCUAGCCUUAGACCGUGUGCUAAAUGCGGGGAAGGAUGCAUUUCAGAGUUUGAACUCAAAGAACACUUGAAGCAGCACUCGAAAGAAAAAAUCAAGAAGAAAAACAGAAGGAUGAAGUGUGAAGAGUGCAACGUAACAUUCAGUCUGGCGCGCUCGUACACUCUCCAUUACCAGCGAGUGCACCUCCGCUUGAAGGACGCGUUCAUUCCUGGACGAGCGCCGGUUGUGUGCGAGAUUUGUGGCAAGAAGUGUACGACGGCCACAUCGCUUCGUUUCCACCAGCGAACUCACACGGGGGAGCGGCCUUACCAAUGCACGGAGUGUCCCAAGAGAUUCAGUGUAGCUCAGCGGUUACAGAUUCACCAACGCACACAUAGCGGGGAAAGACCGUACGCCUGCCCGCAUUGCCCCAAAGCGUUUAAAGGGAAACCUAACCUCAAUAGACACGUACGAGUGCACACGGGGGCGAAGCCCUAUUCCUGCUCGCACUGCGGAAAAUCGUUCUCCCAGUCCAACUCCAUGAAAGUGCACAUUCGUACUGUACAUUUGAAGCUGCCGGCGAGAUCUGGGCUGGAUUCCCAUGAGCUACUCUGAAAGAGGGAUAUUGACUAUUCCCACCUCUCGUUCCCACCGCUGCAACUCCUGUGUAGCCAGGAUCUAUAGCUUGACCGCCAUAACCCGACCAGGGACGGUCAAGUUUGUUCUGUAAAGUUAACUAUCAUUGGACUCGCAACGAAAUUAAUCAGAAGAACAUAGGAGUUAAGAAUCGACUUCCCAAUGGAAAGCAGAGCAAAGAUGUACUAGUAGAGACUGCUUGGCAUUAAGUCCGCCAUUACGUCUAUCUUCUUCGCGCAUGUGCAAUAAAGUACGUUGACUGAUAAUGUCACACAAAGUAGCUAUUAGUUGCUGAAAAUGUCACACACAUACCUAUUAGUUGCUGAAAGUGUCACAGUGGCCUUAUGUGACUGAGUACUCAGUAAGUUGACCUAUGUCCUGUGAACAUUUUGAGACAGUGCUAUGGAGUAAAAUUAGGUAUUUAAACUAUGAUCUCUAGUUAAAAUUAAGUUAAAUAUGUAAAUGCAUUUAUAAGUAUUUCC